AUGGAGCCACUACAAAAACGAACAUCAACAUCAAAAGAUGAGCAAAUACAUAUCAAUGAUCUUCCAGAUCAUCUUGUUCAUAACAUCCUCAAAUUUCUCACUACAGAAGACGUAUCUCGACUCAGCGUCGUCUCUCGAAGAUGUCGGAAUUUGUGUAUUUCAGUUCCGUCGAUUGUAAUAGACUUGGCGGACAUGAAACGAACUUUGGGUAAACGCGCGGAAUAUUUCAACUUCAUGGAUAGGUUUAUGAUGAAUCGAAACGGUCUCAAAUUAGCAAGUUUCAAGCUCGAUUGGGAGUUUAGUAAAACGGAUCAUAGAUUGUAUUUAUACAAUGAGGAUUAUCGAGUUGAUUCGUGGCUAAAUCAAGUUUCGAAAUCCAAUGUCGAAACCCUAGACCUUCAGAUUCGCUUUCGAGAGUUAAAUUAUUACAAGACUUUUGUUUUGCCCUACGGUUUUACGAAUUGUGAAUCGUUGAACCGACUCAAGAUUACGUUGCAUAACGGGAUUUUAGUAUUACCUAUAAGUAAUAGUUUUGAUUUUCUUCAGCAUUUAAUUAUAGAGAAUGCUAUUAUUCAAGAAAAUAUAAUCAAAGAGGUAUUAUUAGGCUGCAAGACUUUAUUUAGGUUUUCGAUUUCGCAUAUUAAAGGUAUCGAAUUUCUCGAUAUCGAGAGCUCGACGCUUGUGAUUCUCGAGAUCUUUAGCGCCAUUGAAGAUUUGAAUCCAAGUCCUAUCUCCAAGAUUAAUAUUUCAGCUUGUAGAUUAAAAAUGUUAUACCUAUAUUGGAUUUCCUUGGGACGCAAGAAAUUAGUAAUUUUUGCUCCUGAAGUUGUGUUUCUGAAAUUGGAAGGUGAUCUUCAGUAUUAUGACUCUCUGCGAGAUAUUAGGUUUGAAAAACUACAUGCCACUUCAGUUUUUUCUCAAACCAAUCCUUCUAUGUUGAUCGACAAUGGCGGUGGCGAUUCCGGGCAACCGAGAUGUAAUGAUGAGAUUUUUCAGAGUCUUCGUGAGGCUAGAUUGAUGAGUGUGAAUAUGGGUUUUAUUAAGGUACUUUCUGCGGAAAUAUUUUUGGCAAUUUCAUUUGAGAAUUUGGAGACUUUACAUCUGCAUGUGAGUCCUGAUUCAGACGGAUAUGAUGUACCGAUGGUUGUCUACUUUCUCACGGAAUCAUGCCCUAAUUUACAGUCUCUUGUCUUGCAAUCAUACUUUGAAUCUGCAGUUCCUGUUAAUGCUAAUCAGAGCAAUUCAACAAUUGAAGAGUCUACUAAUUAUAUAGAUACAAUUGCAACAAAUAAUCUAAAUCUCCCAAUCGAAAAUCUAAAGUCCGUCGAGAUUGAGCUUCGGGUAGGGAACAGCCACAGUGGUUUAAAAUUAGUGAAGCAAUUGCUGAAGCAAGCUAAAACCCUAGAGAAGAUCACAGUCUAUUAUUUUCCAGUAGUGUACCGUAAGGUCCAAGAAAUCAUCAGUUCGGUACAGCAAUUCGAAAGGGCUUCUCCGACGGUUUCUGUUUAUGUUCUUCCCAGAAGUUAUAAGUUAUACAGUAAAGAUAAACGUCUAUUCUUCUCUCCGCUUGUUUGACGAUUAUAUAUUAUUCUUUUUUAUUCAAUCUUCUGUAUAGUUGUACCGUUAUAUAUAUAGUUGCAGGGGUGUAAUUAAGUGGAGGGAACUCGCGAGCUAAUUCAGUUUGAAUCGAAAAUAUCUAGAUUUUAUUGGAGUCGAAGUCAAGA